AUGGUUCUGAUAAUCAUCGCUGUGGCUUUAGCUAGUCUGAUCUUCUUCGGCUUAUUGGUGACCCUUAUUGUAAUACUCAGAAAUUUAAGGGAUACACGCCGCAGGGAAGUUGUGAAUUAUGACGCUGAUCGUCUGCCUAAUUGGCUGAGGCGCACUCAACAUCCUGAGGCUCUGCCACACGUAACACCGACAUAUCCUAGCGUAGUCGAUGCUUGCGCACUUAUACCAAAUAGUCAAAUAAAACGAUUGCGGGCUAUGGUUGCACACACAAGUGGGAACGAAGAACAAAACAGUAUCGCCGGUUCUCGGAACGUUCCAGAUGAGCAAGGAGAAGAACAACAACAACCGAGUAUGGAUAUGGAGGCUGAGGAGAGGGAAAGUGAAGGUGGAGGAGAACCUCCUUCCAAUUACACCAGCAAGACUACUAUUGACGAAAUAUGGAUGGUGGACGGUGCGGAUGGCUCCACAUCACAUUUCCCGCCUCACCUUGACAAAGUAGCCUCUUUGCAUACUUGCAACUAUCGACUCAAAGAAAGCAUCACAUUACUACGCAGACUAUCAUCACAUGUCGUAUUUGGUAGGGCGGCCUAUGUGUCAGAGGAGGACGAAUGCAAGGGUGAAUGCCAUGUGGACCUCCCUGGUGUUGUGACGGUCACUUCUGAAUCAAAUUCCUCGUGUGCAGGGAGCUCGGUUAGUGGAGCAGACUUAAGGUAA